GGCAGUAUCAUUCCACUGACAGCUGUUACAUGUGCUAUUGAGCUUAUUCCUAUGUAUGGCUUGAAGAUGGACCACAUGAUAACUGCUACAAAUGCAAUGGAAAUUUGUGAUAAAUACUACUUGAAUAUGUUUUUAGACAAGGAAGUUUUCAAUAUGAUGCACUCUGGUUUAAUGUAG